GUUGAGGAUUAUGCGGAAGAAACAGAUUUGUAAACACAUAAUACGCAAUUUCAGGGAAUACUCACGCACAAUGGUGUAGUUACUAACAAAGAGAAUUUACGAACGCUAUAUUUCAACCGAUUAACAUGCUGUUAUAUGUUUAUCCAUUCUCUCAGAGGGAGAAUGAAUUGAAGGUCACACACCACUGAAUCCUCCUCCCAAGAUGGGGGUUUUCCUCCAAUUUAACAGAAUUUUGUACAGUUAAUCUAACGAACAGUUAUGUUUCAGACAAGUACAAGCAGUGAUACUAAUACCUAUGACUUUUUCUCAGAUGAGAAUGCUCCAAAAUGGAAAGGCAUCUUUAUGACAGCUCUGAAUUUGGUCCACAAACAGGUGCACCCAUCUCUUGUUGCUAAAGAAGAUGCCCUGGAUUAUAUUGAGAAACUGAUCAUCCAGCUGCUUGCCACUUUGUGUGCAUCUGAACCACAUGUGCCCCAGGAUGUUGAAGACCGGGUGCAGAAAACAUUUCCAGACCCUAUCGAUAAAUGGGCAAUCAGAGAUGCUGAAAGGGCAAUUGAAAAGGUUGACAAUAGGAACAAGAAAAAUUUGACAUUGGUACUUCCUGUUGAAAAAAUUCAUCCAUUGCUUGUGAAAGAGGUGCUUGGUUAUAGAAUAGACUAUACAGUGACAGUGUACAUUGUGGCUGUUCUGGAAUACAUAGCUGCUGAUAUAUUGAAGUUGACUGGUAAUUAUGUAAAGAACAUCAAACACCCAGAUUUAACUUCACAGGAUAUCAAAGUAGCAAUAUGUGCAGAUCAGGUGUUAAUGGACAUGUUCUCCCAGGAGGAGACAGAAGUGUCACUGCCUCUUGUAGACGAGCCUGUACGUAGGGAGUCUCUCACAUACGAGGAUAUUGUAAAGGAUUUUAUUUUGGAGGAAAACCAGUACCUACAUGAUCUAAACAUGAUUAUUAAAGUAUUUAGGGCACCAUUUGAACAGCAUUUUCCUGGUAGUAAGGAUCUUGAGAAUAUAUUCAGCAAUAUUUUAGAUAUCCACCAGUUCACUGCAAAGUUGCUGAGUUCUGUAGAGGAACAGGUUGAGGUAGCUGCUGAGAACGAGACACCAACUGUUGGAAUCUGCUUCCAAGAUCUUGCUGAGGGUGAGGAGUUCGGUGUUUACAUGAGAUAUGUUGAUGAUAUGAUGGCACCUCAAGGCAAAGACAGACUGCAUACCCUCAUGCAGAGACCAGAUUUCAGUCAAACAUUACAGGGUUAUGGAAGUGGGUUUAAAGAUGCGAUGAAGUAUGUGUUACCAAAGCUGUUGUUAGGACCUAUAUAUCACUGUCUUCAUUACUUUGAAGUUUUAAAGGCUUUAAUAGCUACUAGUCCCAAUGAAGAAGACAGUGAAUGUUUGGAGCAAGCUAGUGGUCUGUUAGCUCCUAUCAAAUAUCUCAUGGAGAAUAAAUUCUCUGGCAGUCUGGCAAAAAAGAAACCCUGGGAGACAUCAUUGAGGUUACAGGGUAGAACUGGUCGUCAGGCUGUUGUACAGAAAAUGUCAGAACUACAAAAAAGUAUAGACGGCUGGGAAGGAAGAGACAUUUGGCAGAGUUGUAGCGAAUUUAUUCUAGAUGGUGUGUUAAUGAAGCAUGCUCGUGGUAAGAACACUGAACGACAUGUAUUCUUGUUUGAUGCCCUGAUUGUGCUGUGCAAACAGAACCUCCGCAGAACAUCUGUGUCUCAACCACAGGGAGAAUUUAAACUGAAGGAGAAAUUUAACAUCAGAAAAAUAGAAGUACGGGAUAAAGAAGACUGUGAUGAUUAUAAGAACGCAUUUGAAUUACAAGCCAAAGACCACAGUAACCAUGUAUUACUGGUUGCCAAGACACCAGAGGAAAAAAGCAACUGGAUGGCUGCUCUCAUAUCACUUCAAACUAGAAGUAUGUUGGAGAGACAGCUAGACACAAUAUUAAGAGAAGAGGAAAAACAAACUCCAUUAAAACUGCCAACUCCUGAGGAGUAUAGUUUUGCAGUAGAGGAUUCAGAGAAUAAUAUUGUAUUUGAGGAUCAGCCAGCGGCCCCAGGCGAGAGUCCACUAAUUAAGGGCGGGACCCUUAUAAAAUUGGUGGAACGUCUCACAUAUCAUAUGUAUGCUGAUCCAAAGUUUGUGCGAACCUUUCUUACCACAUAUAGGUCAUUCUGCAGUCCUAAACAGUUACUUGAGAUGCUCAUUGAAAGGUUUAAGAUUCCUGAUAUAGAGAUGGAUCCUGAGAUGGUAGCUGAUAACAAUGACAAUUUACAGUUGAGGGAUGAUCUCAAAAGAUUCCGCAAGGAAUACGUCAAACCUGUGCAAUUUCGGGUGGUUAAUGUGUUACGGCACUGGGUAGAUCACCACUUCUAUGACUUUGAAAGAGAUUCCAGUCUUCUGGAGAAGUUAAAACAGUUUCUAGACACAGUCAAGGGCAAGGCCAUGAAAAAAAUGGCUGAUUCUAUUUUAAAAGUUAUACAGAGAAGGACGGAAUUUCCAAAUGCAGGACGAGAGUUCACAUACCAGAAAACACCACCCACAAUAGAGUGGCAUCUUACACACAAUAAAAAAGAGUUUGAUCUCUUAAUGUUACAUCCCAUAGAAAUAGCUCGACAGGUUACUUUACUAGAAUUUGACUUGUAUCGGGCAGUCCAGCCGUCAGAACUUGUCGGAAGUGUUUGGAUGAAAAACACGAAGAAUAAAACAUCUCCAAAUCUUCUCAAAAUGAUUGAAUUCUCCAACAGUUUAACAUUCUGGUUGGAGAAGUGUAUCAUUGAGACAGAGAAUUUGGAGGAACGUGUUGCUGUAAUAAGUCGCUGUAUAGAGAUAAUGGCAGUAUUUCAGGAGCUAAACAACUUUAAUGGUGUUCUAGAAGUUGUCAGUGCCCUCAACUCUGCUCCAGUCCAUAGACUAGAACAUUCAUUUAGUGAGGUAAACCACAGAUUGAUCAAGCUGAUGAAUGAGUCAAAGGAGUUGAACUCGGACCAUUUCAAGAAGUAUACUGAAAAGUUACGCUCCAUAAAUCCCCCAUGUGUUCCAUUCCUAGGAAUGUAUUUAACAAACAUUCUAAAGACAGAAGAGGGAAAUCCAGAUUUUCUCAAACGAGACCAAGAAGGCCUCAUAAACUUUAGUAAAAGACGGAAAGUUGCAGAAAUCACUGGGGAAAUACAGCAAUAUCAGAAUCAGCCGUACUGUCUCAAGGUCGAGCCAGAUAUACGGGAAUUCUUCGAGAAUUUAGAGCCGCUGGAAGGCAGAGAUGAGAAGGCUUUCAAUGAUUAUUUGUAUGAGAAAUCAUUGGAAAUAGAACCAAGAGGAAGUAAACAAAUUCCAAAAUUUCCUAAGAAGUUUAAUUAUUCCAUCAAGUCACCUGGCAUUCGUCCAAUGUCACGCCGCAGUGAUGCACAGUCCAGAAGUCAUGCAUUCCCAUUCACAGCAUUUUCUGCUCCCGGAUACCAGAGGAUAGAGGAGGAUCCUGAAUCACAAUCACCUCAGUGUAUGACUCCGCCCACUCCUACCACUCCCAUAAGUCCCUGCUCUGUGUCAGGUGGCGAUAAUGGGGUUUUUUCAACUGUGGCAUUAGGCCAAGGAGCAACUUCAUCACCAAGUGCGAAUGUUCCAACUGCUGAAUUGGUUUCUCUUGUAUCUGACACUGAACUGCCUCCAUUACAGCCCCCUCCUCCCCCUCUCCCCCCACGAAGGAGAAAUACAAACACUCGUGACUCAACAUCCAGUAGUGCUAGUAGUGAUGUGUUCAUUAAUAGAUGUUCUCCUGAACCCCCUCAAGUUCCACCUAGGACAGAUCAUGAUCAGCCGCCCCCUGUACCCCCACGGCGGGACUCUAUGUAUAAUACAGGGGUGCAGCCUAGAACUCCUACUCUAGUUUCACAAACACGAACUGUUCCACCCGUCACAUCACGGACGCAAAGUGUGUCACAAUUGCCCAUAGCUUCUGUUCAAAACAUGCAGGUGCAUAGUGCUACAUUACCGCGUUACCAUGGAGAUAGAGACUCAAUCAGGAGUGAUAACUUGGAUAAUAUAUUCAAUUUCAAUGGAGAAAAUACUAGUGAUAUUCCAGCAUUGCCGCCAAAAACUUACAGAUCACAUGCUCGCAAACAAAGCAGUUAGGUGAAACUAGCUGCAAUAAAUUUCAGUCAUUUUGGUGCUGACUUCACAUGGUUUGAAAUAGAAAAAAAAUGUUACAUCACAUCGAAUUUUGUCUUGUUGACAUGAAAAAAUGUUAAGAUAGUAAUAUUAUAAAUAUAUGAUUUAUUGUCAUCUGUAAACAACUUGCUGUUAAAAUCUUGAUGUUUUUUCCACUUCCAAUUUUGUCCAUACUGGUUUAUUUUGUUGACAAUUUCUAGUGAAAUAUUGAGAGUGACUAAGAUUAAAUUCAAGUGUACCUAUUUAAUGGGUUUAUGAUAUAUAUAUUUAAUCUAAAUUUAUAUUAAAGAUUUUAUUUUAAUGAUGUCUUUUGACAACAAGGACAUGUUUUUAGCUAAGAAUGAGAAUCUGAUGCAUUACGUUUGACUGUCAUUUCUUUGACCGUAAAAGAUGUCACAUGUUAGAUGUCCCUGUAUACUGACAUGUGCAUAAUUCCACUGUAAUGGGCCCCCGAGAUGUCUAUGAAAAAUCCUGUGUAAAUUAUUGUCUAUAAUAGACAGACCUAGUGUGGUUACAUGUAUUGAAAUAAACUAUAUGUGAAGUCAGCACGAGAUUUGAUAUGAAGUAUAUGUGUAUGUGGUGAUUUACCAGUGCUAUGUGUGACAUGUACAUCAGUGAUAUACAGUGCUCAAUGUUCUACUGUAGUGUCAGCCAGUAUAUACAUGUGUGUUGCUUCAUGUGGCAACAUUUAUCUAUAGUCUCACUACAGCCAAUCAUUUGCUUUAAGUAUUUUCCUUCCAUAUCUACAUACAUGUCAUUCUGAUAUAUAUAUAUGUAUAUCAAAAUUAAAUUCAACUUUGGAUACAAAAAUAUGUCAUAGAUGCACCAGAAGUGUGAGUUGAAGAAAUAAGUGUUUGCAUUUUACCACACAGAUUUUAAGAUCACAGUGUCUUAUAAUUCCAUUCUCAUAUCAUUGUACACAUAUAGAAGGCUUCAUUUACUAAGUAAUCAUCAGUCAGUCUGUUUAAGAAGGCAUUUUCAGUACAAGUUCCAUCUAGCAUACUGUUUAGGAGACAGACGUUAAUUCAGUUACUUUGCAUUGAAGGUACACCUUGCUUUAUGCAUUUUAAGUAUUUAAUUCAAAUGUUGUCCCUUAUAUAAUAAAAAAACACUUAACAGGCAGUGACUGUAACUAUAAUGCAGAAAUUUUAACGUUAUCCAUGUCAGCUGAGGUAACAAUGAUUAGCUUUUUAUAGUGAAAAUUUUCUACAGGGUGCUUAAAAAUUCUGUGUACACAUUGAAAUGACAUAUUUUUCUGGUAACUUCAUUCUUGUCAUGUGAAAUUGACCCUUUGAGAAAAUAGAUGUUGUGAAGUUGAGCUCAAGUAACACAUGUGUUUUAUCUUUAUUCAUAUAACAAUGAUUGUGAUAUGUACAUACACUUCCAUGAAUAUGGCUUUAACAAGCAUAUUAAUUAAGGAGAAAUGAAACAUUUGAUAUUAUUUAAAAAAAAUAAAAGUGGGGGUGUGGGGGGGGGGGGGGACAUAUACAAAUUUAGAUAAGGUUUUGAAUUUAGAGUAUAUAAACAGGGUUUUAAUAUAUUGCAAUUAAAAACAGUAAACUGUAUUUUUUCAUAAAAUGUAUGAAACUAGAUCAACAAUUGGUUAGGAACAGGUUUUUAUUUUAACACACAGUAAGUUCUCCAGUCUUUGCCCUCUGAUUGUUCAGCAUAUUUUCUAUUCAUUAUGUCAUUUUCAAAAGUGAUCCUUGUCCAUUUGGGACCUCUAUGGACGAGUGGUUAUGGUCACUUAACUCAUCGCUGUGGAUUUGAAACCUCUCUUGGGUUCUAAAGUUCUUUCAUGAGAGGAAGUCAUCCAGCGGGCUUAUGGUGCCAGUCUGUGAUGAAAUAAUCCCUGGUUGAGUACCUGGGUUCUUCCUCCACCAUCAAAACCUGGAAAGUCACUAUAUGACAUAUACUAUAGUAUUAGUGUGACAUUAAACCCAACGAACAAACGUUCUCUACAGGGCUUUCGAGGAGUUUUAUACAUUACAUUUUCUGUUCAUAUCCUAACAUGAUAUAACAUUACUUUCCGUUCAAGUUAUAGUGAAGUCAAUUCACAUAUGUAUUCAAUGCUUGAAACAGUGCUGACAAUAACCAUGUAUCCAAAGUUGAAUUUUUCAUCGAUAUAUAUACUUCUGCUACUUACAUAGAUAUUUGUUAAAAAGUUUUGUUGUCUAAACCUUUAUUGAAAGACUUCCUCAUGGAAUGUAUACAGUCUAUAAGAAAUGCAGCAUGAUAUUGCAGAACAGAGAUCCUGUAUAUGUAGUAGCACUAGACAUUUACAUGUAUCUAUAUAGUUCUAGAAAACAAUAAGACCAAUGUUUAGAAAUUUUUCUGUAUUUUUUUUUUUUUUUACUGUAUGAACUUGAUCAAGGGGGACAUAGAACUUUAAAAAAAACAUGCUGUAACAGGCUUUAGCUGGUAAUUUCAUUAAAUUUUGUCUAUUGAAAUGAUAACUAUAAGUUAAAUUUACUGUGCACACUCUCUUUUCGGUUAUAAUACAACAUGCUUUUCUUCUGCAGUGUCUGGUCUGUUCAUGCCGCAAAACUGCUUGCAUUGAAAGCAAUUUUUACAAUAGCUUGUUAAAAUGAGGGCUUUGAUGAAAUGUUUUGUGAUUUAAAAAGUUAUUUCUGGAUACUGCAAUCAAAUUUGCUCUUGAAAUUUUUUUUACAAAUAUGUUUCGUUGAAAAUUUGGGUUUAUUUCUGAUAUUUGCUUCGGAGGGUUUUGUAUUAUUUAUUUUAAUUUGAAGCAGUCAAGUAAAAAAAAUGCUUUACUUUUGACUUUAUAUAAUCUGUAAGCAAUAGACAACAUAAACAAACAAAUGGCUAAAUUUAAUAUGUAGGAUUGUAUGUUUCAGCAAGAGCUGGUCACUCUUGUAAAGAAAUAAAGUCUGAUAGCAGAGGGUCUCUGUGAUAACAAUAAAUGGACAUGUGCAAUACUUUGUUCUCUCUUCUCAAACAUUGUCAACAUAAUCUAAUGUUUCCUCUGUGACUUUAUCACUACUAUUUAAGAAGCUACUUAAUUUGCCCAUGUGUGAUACUGCAUAAUCCAAGCAUUAAUCAUUGCCUUGACGUAAAACUAUUCCAACUGUAUUUAUAUGAAGGAGCAGAUAUAAUAGUUUUGCAUGGAGGCAACAGGUUAUAAAAUCUUACAAUUUAUGAAUAAAUAUAGACAUGAAAAAUUAAAUGUUGGUAUAUACUUAUACAUACGAAGCAUAAUGAAUUGGAUCAGUUCAGAUCAUGGACAUGGUCUGAUAAAUGUCCGGUUGCAUCCUUACUUUGGUUGUUGUACGUAACUGUAGCUCUCACUUUACAUUUCGAUGUAAAUGUUUCAUUUAGCAGGUGGAUCUGGUCUCAGAACACUGGAAUAAUUUUGUACCUUUGUAUACACCACUGUUUUAAAGACACAAGUUUAAACCAUAAAACCUAUCACGAGAAUAACAGUUUAGAUCAUUGUGGGUAUUUUACAUUUAGAAGCUUUUUAGGAACUUGAGCUCUGGGACAGCUUGCUAAUUUCAUGCAUGAUAGAUUUCCAUCAGUUUACAAAUUUACCAGAAACGUUAAAAAAGUUUGAAGCAUGAUGUUUGAAGGUUUUCAAUUAAUCAGCAGAACAUUGUUUUUUUUAUUGGCAUUGGUUUCAUUUUGAUAAAGAAAUCUUAAUUUUGCUGUAGUUUGACCUUUACUGAAAUAUAACUUUAAUUAGGUUCUAAUAUCUCUAAACACAAUUCAGAUUUAGUUUUUUGGUUAAUCAGUUGCUAGGCGAUAGUUUAUUGCUGCAGAACAGAUCCACCUUGCUGCCUUACUAUCACCAGAGAAGCUUACAAACAACAUUGGCAGAGUUAAAGCAUAAUGUGUUAGUGUAUGACAUGGACUGGUUUAUACUGCUGUCUGGGAUAGGAGCAUGUAUAGCUGUGUAAACAAAUAAAAACAGAAAUGUUUGAAACAAAAA